AUGGUGGGCCAUUUGCCGCCUCACAGAACAAGCAGUCAAAAAGUGACCGGCAAGUUGCAUCAGAAGAAUCCAAAAGACUUGGCUGAAAACACGGCCGCUUUGGCUGGUUUAACCGAGCUGGACAAUCCCCGUCCGUUGGUCAAACCAGUCUUUCAUCCAUCAACAGCCACAAUUGAUUGGGCUAAAAUUAACAAAUACAUUGGCCAGAUCCUUGAGACAUACACUCCCCAACCGCGACUGAGUGGUAGCUCGGACAAGUUGGUCUUUGUCAACCCAGAUAAAAAUCAUGAGUACUUUGUAAUCUCAAUGCGCGUAGCCAAGGCUUGGGUCAAAGCAAUGCACUUGUCCCCGGAAACCGUGGACUUGUGGACCCCCCCCAAGACACCAAUGUUUGACUACAUCACUGGGCCUCUCAAGUCCGACCCGCCUCCUCCGGCAAAUACUCCCCAGCAGCCAGCCCCGCCCUACCCAUACCCCCCUUACCCUCACAGGUAUCCACUCCCAAUGGGCUAUAAUCUGCAGUACCCGUUUCCAGGGACUGCAACUGGCACCCAUGGGCUUCCUCCACCUGGGAGUCCCAGCCAAGACCAGAACCCAGGCCACGCCCCGGCUAAUCCUCAGCCAGACUCUUCCCCGGCGCCGUCAGACAUGGAAGGCAACGAUAACAUCGCCUCGUUUCUGACAUAUGCUUGGGUCAACCCCAAAAGCUCGGCCUUUCGCAACGGUUUGGAGCAAUUGGGCAUUACUCACUGGAGCAUGUUCAGACAUGUUGAAGCCCGUGAGAUCAUGGCAGCAGGGGUCCCACUGGGACCUGCAAGGACUAUUGUUGUGGCAGCUAAACGGUACUCUUAUUCCUUGAAGAGCCGAGGGUGUGCCAGGGAUCUCUGA